CAUUGCUCAUUGUCAAUGUCAGUCUGUCUGUGUUGAUAUUGUGCGUUCGUGUUUGGACUCUGAACUUUUAAGUUUCAUAUUUUCCUUGUUAUUGUUUUUGAUGUGAAUUCUACUAAAUAAACAUGUCUCAAUCGCAAAGAGCAGCAGUAAUCAAUCUCUACAAAACGCUGUUGUACCUGGGGCGCGAGUGGCCUCAAGGCUACGAUCUGUUCCGCAUGCGCUUACACAAAGUGUUUACCAAAAACAGCAAUGAAACGGAUCCGGCUAAGAUCGACAUGAUGAUCAAACAUGGGCAUUACGUAGUAAAGGAAAUAGAAGCUUUGUAUAUGCUGAAAAAAUACCGCACUAUGAAACGAAGGUAUUAUGAUGGUAAAUACUUCUGAGAUGUAGUUUUUACAGGCAACAGAGUAAAUAAUAUAUUGUAUUGUUAUUGUUAUAGCCUGUUGAUGUAUAUUUUUGAUAAUAAUAAUAUUUUACAAUUUACAGCACUGGCUUUAGUUUAAUGUUAAGUAAUAUAAGUGUGUAUAAAUGUAUCUAGUUCUGAUUAGUUGGUACAGUUGUUUUAUCAGUCUUAAAAGGGUGUUUCUAUUUUCCUAUACACUCUUGUCUAUGUUUCAUUAAACAAUAGUUAUAUUAUAUAAAUUCUUGGUUGGGUGACACCUACCAACCAACACAGUUUCUUAAAUUGAAAUGCCCAUAUGUAGUUGGAAAUGUAUAAAAUGUAAGUACUAUUUGACAGUAUAUUGUAGAGUAUAAGUACUUUGAAUUUACAUUGUUACCAAUAAACUUUUAAAACUAA